GUAAAUACAGUAGAUGUAGGUCAUGGCGAUCUUUUUUUACUGUUCGCUGUAACAUACCUUUAAUUAUUUAUGAUAUAAUUCUAGUGCUUCCAGCUCAGAGUUUUUCCAGACAGUUGGCUAAGUUGCUGUAAAAGUGUUUAUGGUUUGGGAAAAGGUCCUGUCCCUCUCUGUUAGCUGGUCUUACAAUAUUUGCAUGUAAUACAUAACAGACCCUGCUAUCGAUGUGAUACAGCCAUCGGAAAUGUCUUUAUAUCAGAUAGCUUGUAUCAGAUAGAAAUGAUGUCACAUUAACAUUAGCUGUACUUUUUAAUCAUUCUCGUUUUGCAAUAUAUUCUGAAACAAUGUAUAUGGGGUGCCACUCUGAUCACAUGAGGAGUUGAUCAGCUUUUAUAAUGCAGCACCCUAUACCAUAUUCUAUAUUAAUGGUCUCAGUUUUUAAAAGCCCCAGACUGGCAAUGACAGAGGUAGCUGUCAGCCUGCCAGCAGACGAAGGAUUGGAAUUCCAGACACAGGCGGAAAGGGGCUUGGAUGGAUGUGGAAACAAUGUCCUGUUCCAGCAUUGCUUCAGCUCUGCUCCUCGGCUUUACCUAUCUAUCAGGGCAGACAGUGUCAUUCUGAAAAGAAGGUUUGAGAGAGGAAGUCUGGCUGUUUAAUCGAUUUCUCAGCAAACAGACCCGGCUCAUUGAGUCAGAGCUCAGGUCUACAGGCGAGCUGUGCACUCUGCAGCCACACAUAUCAAGCAAGAAAAGACAUUGUUUCCAAAACCAUUCCACUGCAGUGAUAGCACUGACACACAGAAUAAAAUGCUUUGCAAAAAUGAUCUGCGUUUUAUGACCUGUCUUUCUUUUCUUUCUAUUUACAGCCAAUUACAAGAUGUUAAAUAAAAAAUGAUGUUCAUAUAGUUGUUUUUUUUAAAUGAUGUAUCAGUCCUAAAAUGCUAGGUAACGGUAAACAUUUGGCCAUGGCUGUCUGUUAAAGAAUAUCGAACUGAAACAUUAAAAGCCAGGUUGUACACAGUAUAUUAUAGAUGUAUGAUUUCUGUUUUUCUCAUUUAGCUCCUCAAAGUCACAGAACCCAUGCCACUGUGCCUGUAUUGUGUGUGGCUACGCCCUCUGACCCUCCCUUUCUCCUCCCCCCAGAUCAUCAUGGACUCAAACAUCACAAAGCAGGCGAUGAAUGAGAUCGAGACGCGGCACACGGAGAUCAUCAAGCUGGAGAACAGCAUCCGCGAGCUGCAUGACAUGUUCGUGGACAUGGCCAUGCUGGUGGAGAGCCAGGGGGAGCUGGUGAACAACAUUGAGAAGAAUGUGAUGGCAUCGGUGGACUACGUGGAGCGAGCUAAGGAGGAAACUAAGAAAGCCGUGAGCCUUAAGGGCAGGAGCCGCCGGAAGAUGCUCUUUAUAGGAAUCUGCCUUGCAGUCACGCUAGCGAUUCUUCUCAUUUCCUUGGCGGCUACACUCAGUUAACAAGCAAAGACACCGUCUCCCAAGACCCCAAAAUAAGACUGAAAAU